AUGGUAAUAUCCGGAGGGAUAGCGGCAGGAGAACCAUGUAAGGAGGGACGACAAAAAGGCCCACCUCAUCUUCGCCCAGCACAGAGGAACCUACCCUCUGUAGAAAUUUCCGAAGACGACUAUAGAAGGGCGGCCACACCAUAUGAUGAUGAUCCUCUGGUUAUUGAGGUUAAGGUGGAUAAUCUUAAGGUAAAGAGAGUACUGGUGGAUGUGGGAAGCUCGUCUGACAUAAUCAGUCUGCAAUGCCUGCGGAAAUUAAGACACAAUCCAGGAGACAUAGAGCAAGUUUACGGGCCCUUGGUAGGAUUCAGGGGGAGCAUAGUUCGUCCAAUCGGUUCCAUUUUGCUGCCGGUUUCUUUUGGAAUUCCCCCAGUAAUCAAAGAAGUUGCCAUCAGGUUGGCAAAUCUCACCACAUUCAGCAUCAUACUUGGUCGUCCAACACUCAACGACCUAAAAGCUGUGAUCGUCCCUCAUUUACUAUUGGUAAAAUUUGUUGGAAGCAACGGACGCGUUGGAUCCCUCUAUGGAAAUCAACAGUUGGCCAGGGAUUGUUACUUGUCGACGUUGGAACCAACGGCAUGGGGAGCUUCUCCGAAGGGAAAGGAACAAACUAAACCUCCAGCGAGUCGCCGUAAAACCCGGAAAAUUCCGACAGAGCACAAUGCAGAAAGACGACCUGAGCCAGUGGGAGCACUUUAUGAUGUAAUUCUGGACUUAGCGGAUCCGUCUCGAACAGUCCCCAUUGGGGUCCACCCUGACGACCCCAUGUCAGCAGCGUUAGUGCAGCUACUCCAAGAAUAUAAGGAGAUAUUUUCCUUCACAGUAGAGGAGAUGCCCGGUAUAAACCCGGCGGUGGCCGUGCAUAAGUUGAAUGUGGACAGUACUGUGAAGCCAGUACGACAAAAGAAAAGGAAUCAUGGAGAAGCAAGAAAUUUGGCCGCCGCUGCCGAGGUCAAGAAACUAAUGGAUGCAGACUUCAUACGCCCAUGCCAGUACCCAGACUGGGUAGCCAACGUAGUCUUGGUACCCAAGCCCAAUAAGACGUGGAGAAUGUGCGUUGAUUACACUGAUCUUAAUAAAGCAUGUCCUAAAGACAGCUUCCCACUGCCGAAGAUAGACCGACUCGUCGACUCCACUGCUGGACAUGCCAUGAUAAGUUUCAUGGACGCCUACUCCGGAUUCCACCAAAUUCCAUUAUGGCCCGAAGAUCAGGAGAAGACGUCUUUCGUCACAGAACAAGGAUUGUACUGCUACAAACAGAAGAAGGAUCACCUUGACGACUUGAGAGAAACCUUUGAAACCGUCAGGACAUACCAGAUGAGACUUAAUCCCAAGAAGUGCAUAUUUGGGGUAUCUUCUGGCAAGUUCCUUGGCUUCCUGAUUGACGAAAGGGGCAUUGAAGCAAAUCCGGACAAAGUGCAAGCGGUCAUUGAUAUGACGUCGCCAAGGACGGUUAAAGACGUGCAACGCCUCACUGGGUGUCUCGCCGCCUUGGGACGAUUCUUAUCUAGAGCUGGAGACAAGUGUAACUACUUUUUCAGUACCAUCAAAAAGAGGACCCAGUUUGAGUGGACGACGCAAGCUGAGGCUGCCUUCCUCCGUCUAAAAGAACAUCUGCACACCUUGCCACGGCUGGUCAGCCCUCUCUUGGGGGAAGUUUUGUAUCUGUAUCUUGCCAUCUCAGAAUACGCGCUAAGCGCCGUCUUGCUUACAGAGAGGGAGGGAACGCAACUACCUGUUAAGAAGCUUCGUCCAUAUUUCUUGGCCCAUCGAUUGGUGGUAUACACGGAUCAACCGCUUAAGCGACCUUUCACCAACCUUGAAGCGUCAGGAAGAAUGCUCAAUUGGGCAAUUGAGCUUCACGCGUUUGAUAUCUCAUAUGAACCAAGGAAGUGGAUAGUGCAUGUGGACGGCUCUGCUACUCAGAACGGGUCAGGAGCCGGCAUUUUCUGUGAGUCACCAGAAGGAGAUAUCUAUGAAUAUGCAAUGCGAUUCAACUUUCAGGCGUCAAACAACGAAGCCGAAUACGAAGCCCUGAUAUGUGGAAUUCAGAUGAGCAGAGCCGCAGGGGCAGCAGACGUCCUCGUUUUGUCUGACUCGCAAUUAAUUGUCAGUCAGGUCAAAGGAGAGUAUGAGGCUAAGGACGAGGCCAUGAUAAGAUAUUUGAAAAAAGUCCGCCAAGAAGCCCAACAGCUGUCUAACUUUGAAGUAAAACACAUCCCCCGGUCUGAAAACAACAAGGCAGACGCUUUAUCUAAACUGGCAAGCUCAGCAUCCUGCGACACGCCACGUCACGUAUUCUGGGAGCCGGUCUUGCUAAGAAAUCCUUCUGAAAAGAAUGUCAUCAAAACUCUCGGAGAAAUGCAAACUAAUGCUCUCCCAAAAAGACUAGUCGUUUAA